CACAACGGCUAUUCGCACAAAAGUAUUCAGACAAACGAGAUGUUCCAACGGGUCUUUUAUGACCACGCAUGCGCUGUGCCGCGCCGCAGUAUGCAGCGCAUGUGUGGAGGGGGGAAUAUCUCUGAGCUGUGUGCUCUAUCGGGUGGCGACACAAAGGUCCCUCCUCGCACAGUCAGAAAAGACGCGGCCGUUGACGGACGUACUCGCCACCAGCGCUGAUCAAUUCACUAGCCCUCCUCUUCACCGCCAUUAUCUAUCAAGUGCUUUAGCAGUGGAAGACGCUUUAGCGCAACUACAGGUCGAAUCGCGCUCGCUAUACAGGAAACAGGAACGACUGCAACAGAGACUUCUGACGAUCAACAAUGGGACUGUCCGAUUUCUUCCAUAGCGUUUGGGACUUCGUGUGUCGACCUUUUGAGGACUGCACAAGCUGCUGCGAUGUACUAGACCCAGACUACUACCGCAAGACGUCGCCCGGUGUCCGCAGGUCUCCGCAGAUGUUCAACCGCUGGGAGCACGACGUCAAGUACAACAUCACUCCGUCCCGCCCUCCAUCGUCGCUUCCCCCAUUCGCGAGCAGUCAGGUAGGCACCAGAGAGCAUCAAUCGAAGACACUGUCUUCUUCAGGAUCGAGGUCGGGAUCAAACUCGGACUCGCCAUCCAAUUACUCGUAUGAGGAGGAGGAUGAGAGGCAGGUGCAGUUCUUGUUCUACGGCGGCAGCGAUCCCCCCACGCCCACGUCAGCAGGAGGACUUUACUCGAACGGAUAUCGCAGCGAUAUGAUCUCCAAUUACGUGGAACCCAUGAGCCCAGCGGCGUCGAUUGAGUCACCACGAAUUAACCACGAGAUGCCGUGCUUCUUCUCGCCAAGAGAUACACCACUACAGUCUCCAAUGUCAGCACCGAUCUACUCCCCGCACCUCUUCAAAAUAUCUGAACAGCGAACAUCGCGACGCAGUACAGGUUACUACAGUAUGCGCUACUCCAGAUGAGCAGCGUCGAUAUAUGUAAGCAUGCGUGUAUCUCCACGUCCCCCAUUAUCUAUAGCGCCCCUGUUUGGGGCGUAAUACAGCCUUUAGAAUGAGUUUUUCUUGCUGCACCCGCCU